CCAGCCCAGUAUUUCCGCCGCCAUUGUAUGUCCAUCAGCACUCUCUGGUCACCUCCACUGUGUCCGCAGUCUCUGGUCACCCCCUGUACUGUGUCCGCAGUCUCUGGUCUUCCCCUGUACUGUGUCCGCAGUCUCUGGUCACCCCCUGUACUGUGUCCGCAGUCUCUGGUCAGCUGCUGUACUGUGUCCGCAGUCUCUGGUCAUCCCCUGUACUGUGUCCGCAGUCUCUGGUCACCCCCUGUACCGUGUCCGCAGUCUCUGGUCACCCCCUGUACGUGUCCGCAGUCUCUGGUCAUCCCCUGUACUGUGUCUGCAGUCUCUGGUCAUCCGCUGUACUGUGUCUGCAGUCUCUGGUCAUCCGCUGUACUGUGUCCGCAGUCUCUGGUCAUCUCCUGUACUGUGUCCGCAUUUGUUCAU